UAAAGUGAAAGUAUUUUAAUGCUGGACUCUCCAUUUUGUUAAGAAACGCGGAUAAGAUUCUGUAUUGCGAGAGGCCCCAGCAGGAGUCAUCUGGUCUAGAUUGGCACAAAAAUGGGGGGAGCUGCUUCUGAAAUGACCCCCCCUGCGGACUGUAAAACAAAGAGAACUGAGAGUGUCCUGAUGGAGAGAGCAGGCUCACCUGUACCCAGCUGGGUUUCCAUGAAGAGUGACAGGUCAAUGGACCGACCAAUCAGCUUCAGAGAGGGACCAUUUCCUACAGAUCAAAGUGUCCUGAUGGAGAGAGCAGGCUCACCUGUACCCAGCUGGGUUUCCAUGAAGAGUGACAGGUCAAUGGACCGACCAAUCAGCUUCAGAGAGGGACCUUUUCCUACAGAUCAAAGUGUCCUGAUGGAGAGAGCAGGCUCACCUGUACCCAGCUCUGUUUCCAUGAAGAAUGACAGGUCAAUGGACCGACCAAUCGGCUUCAGAGAGGGACCUUUUCUUACAGAUCAAAGAGGCUCCAGCAGGAGUCAUCGGGUCUGUGUCGGUACAAGAAUGGAGGGAGAUGCUUCUGAAAUGACCCCCCCUGCAGAGUGUAAAACAAAGGAAAUUGUAAGAGUCCUGUUGGAGAGAGCAGGCUCACGUGUACCCAGGUGUGUUUCCAUGAAGAGUAACAUGUCAAUGGUGGAACCAAUCAGCUUCAGAGAGGGAAGUUUUCCAUCAGACCAAAGGGACCAAGUGAUAAGAUGUAAUUCACACCCACAUAAAGGAGACUUAUCAUCCAUCUUCAAGUUACUGGAGGAAAAAGCUCAAAUGUUUCUGAAGGAUGAGCUGAUGAAAUUCAAAAGGUACCUGGAUGAGAAUGACCCAGAAUGCUCUGAGCCUCAGCUGGAGGAGGACAAUGACCUGGACAGUGAUGGUCAGAUGCAGAAAACCUGUGGUAGAGAGGGAGCUCUGAAGAUCACACUGUACAUCCUGAGGACCAUGGAGCAAAAUGAUCUUGUGGACAUGCUGGAGAAGAGGCAUCUUCUGUUGCAGUGUCAGCGUAGAAUCAAAUGUAACUUGAAGAAGAAAUUUGAGUGUGUAUUUGAAGAGAAAGCUAAGGAAGGACAGCCAACACUUCUCAAAGAGAUUUACACAGAACUCUACAUAACUGAAGGAGGAGCUGGAGGAGUCAAUGAUGAACAUGAAGUGAGACAGACUGAAACAGCAUCCAGGAAAAGGCUAACAGAAGAUACUACAGUGAAGUGCAAUGAUAUAUUUAAACCCUUAUAUGGGCGUGUGACACCUAUCAGAACUGUACUCACUAAAGGGGUCGCAGGUAUCGGGAAAACAGUCUCUGUGCAGAAAGUUAUUCUUGACUGGGCAGAAGGAAAAGCAAACCAGGACAUUCGCUUCAUAUUUGCUCUUCCUUUCCGGGACCUGAAUUUGAUUAAGGAUGAAUACAGUCUGAUUGAUCUGCUUCACCACUUUGUCCCAGAACUGAAAUUGCUUGAAUCCACUGAGCUGUUUAGGUACAAGGUUUUGUUGAUCUUUGAUGGUCUGGAUGAGUGUCGCCUUCCUCUAGAUUUUCAGAACAAUGAGAGCUGGUUUGAUGUAACAAAGAAAACGUCACUGGAUGUGCUGUUGACUAACCUCAUUAAGGGGAAUCUGCUUCCAUCUGCACUCCUCUGGAUAACUUCCCGGCCAGCAGCAGCCAAUCAGAUACCUCCUGAGUGUGUCCACCAGGUGACAGAGAUACGAGGGUUCAGUGAUGCCCAGAAGGAGGAGUAUUUCAGGAAGAGAUUUAGUGAUCAGAGCCUGGCUAACAUGAUAAUCACAAAUGUGAAAUCAUCAAGGAGCCUCUUCAUCAUGUGCCACAUACCUGCGUUCUGCUGGAUUUCAGCCACCGUUCUUGAAAGGCUUUUUAGUGAGACAGAGAAGGGAGAAAUUCCAAGGACCCUGACUGAAAUGUACACACACUUCCUGAUCUUUCAUGUGCGUUUACAAAAUGAGAAGUAUAUGAAAAACUAUGAAAGUAUGCUUAAGGAAUACAGCAAAAAAUUCCUUUUGAAACUUGGUAAACUGGCUUUUGACAACCUUGAGAAAGGCAAUCUCAUAUUUUAUAAGCAGGAUCUGACAGAGAAUGGUGUUGAUGUCACAGAGGCUUCAGUUUACUCUGGAGUGUGUACAGAAGUCUUUAAAGAGGAGUAUGGGUUGUGCCAGGAGAAGGUGUACUGCUUUGUGCAUCUGAGCAUCCAGGAGUAUCUCGCUGCUUUAUACGUGUUUCUGUCAAACUCAUCAGCUGAGCUGCUGAAGACUGCAGUGGCUGAAGCGUUAAAGAGCAAGAAUGGACACUUGGACCUCUACCUCCGCUUCCUCCUUGGCCUCUCAACAGAUUCCAGUAAAACUCUGUUACAAAAACUACUGGGCCAGACAAGAACCAGCUCAUAUAACAGUAAGAAAACAGCUCAAUAUAUCAAGGAGAAAAUUCAGGAGAAUUUAUCUGCAGAAAGGACCAUCAACUUGUUCCACUGUCUGAAUGAACUGGGUGACAAUUCUCUAAUAGAGGAAGUACAAAGAUCCCUGAGUUCAGGAAGUCUUUCUGCAGCAGACCUCUCACCUGGACAGUGGUCAGCUCUGGCCUUUGUGUUACUGAUGUCAGAUAAGGAGCUGGAUGUGUUUGAUCUGAAGAAAUACAUCAGAUCAGAUGAAGGUCUUCAGAGGCUGCUGCCUGUGAUCAAGAAAUCUAGGACAGCUCUGCUGGACAGCUGUAGACUCACAGAGACAUGCUGUGAAGUGUUGGCUUCAGCUCUCAGAUCAAACUCCUCUCAGCUGAGAGAGCUGGACCUGAGUGACAAUGACCUACAGGAUUCAGGGGUGAAGCUGCUCUCUGCUGGACUGGGGGAUUCACACUGUACACUGGAGACACUGAGGCUUUCAGGCUGUAGAGUCACAGAAGAAGGCUGUUCUUCCCUGGCUUCAGCUCUGAGGACAAACCCCUCACACCUGAGAGAGCUGGACCUGAGCUACAAUCACCCAGGAGACUCAGGAGUGAAGCUGCUCUUUGGUCUACUGGAGGAUCCCAGCUGUAAACUGGAGAAACUGAAGCUGUCAGGCUGUAGAGUCACAGAAGGAGGCUGUUCUUCCCUGGCUUCAGCUCUGAGGUCAAACUCCUCUCAGCUGACAGAGCUGGACCUGAGAGACAAUGACCUGCAGGAUUCAGGGGUGAAGCUGCUCUCUGCUGGACUGGGGGAUUCACACUGUAAACUGGAGAUACUGAGGCUGUCAGGCUGUAGAGUCACAGAAGGAGGCUGUUCUUCCCUGGCUUCAGCUCUGAGGUCAAACUCCUCUCAGCUGACAGAGCUGGACCUGAGUGACAAUGACCUGCAGGAUUCAGGGGUGAAGUUGCUCUCUGCUGGACUGGGGAAUUCACACUGUACACUGGAGAUACUGAGGCUGUCAUUCUGCAGAGUCACCGAAGAAGGCUGUUCUUCCCUGGCUUCAGCUCUGAGGUCAAACCCCUCACACCUGAGAGAGCUGGACCUGAGCUACAAUCACCCAGGAGACUCAGGAGUGAAGCUGCUCUCUGCUCUACUGGAGGAUCCCAGUUGUAAACUGGAGAAACUGAAUGUGGACCACAGUGGAGAGUGCAGGACCAGACCAGGGAUCCAGAAAUACUCCUGCCAGCUGACGCUGGACCCCAACACAGCAAACAGACGCCUGUCUCUGUCAGAGGGGAACAGGAAGGUGACACAGGGGGCAGAGCAGCCAUAUCCUGUUCAUCAAGAGAGAUUUGACUACUGGCCCCAAGUUCUGUGCAGAGAGAGUCUGACUGGUCGUUGUUACUGGGAGGCUGAGUGGAGUGGAGAUGUAGCCUGGAUAGGAGUGACUUAUAAAGGAAUUGGGAGGAAAGGAGGGAGUGAUGACUGUCGGCUUGGAGCCAAUGACAAGUCAUGGAUGCUGUUCUGCUCUUCUGACAGUUACUCUGUCUGGCACAAUAAUAAACAGACUGUCAUACCCAUAGAGCCCUCAGACUCCCGCAGAGUAGGAGUGUAUCUGGACCGGGCGGCUGGUACUCUGUCCUUCUACAGAGUCUCCUCUGAUGGACUGACCCUCCUGUACAGCUUCACCUCCUCAUUCACUGAACCCCUCUAUCCAGGGUUUUGGGUUUAUAAUCCAAACUCCUCCGUGUCGCUGUGCAUGCUGGGAUAGCUCACUGUGUGCUGGAGGAAUCAUUUUUACCUUAUCAGAGUGUCACAUGUCGCUGCUUCUCCGUGGCAAAAUGGUCAAAUCCCUGCUUUUUAACCAGUAUAAUCCUUUUUACUUUGAAAUGUGAUGUAUGCGUAUGUCAGACAAAAAUAAAUGACUGGGUUCAGCAAGCUGAACAAACAUAUAAAAUAACUAUUUGUAAUAAAAUGUAAUCCUGGUGAUUGG